AUGGAGGUCAGCAAGAGAUUUGAGCUACUGGAACAGAGAAUCAGGGAGAUCCUCGGUCAGCUGCAGCAACAAGCAACAACGCUUCCUCGUGAGCCUACUUCGCGCUUGGAUACGAUCAUAAGCUGCCUCGAUAAUUUGUCCAAAAGCGUACAUCAGCUGAGGGAAGACUGCGCCGCCUACACCAUUCCAGCUGUCUCACCGCCGGGGUCGAGGCGUUCCGAGCCCAGACCUGACUCCGCAGAGGACGAAAGGCAUGAGCCAGGCGGAACGAUGGCGCCGUCGACCGCAAAUUUCAGCAGCAGCUCUGUGCUCUCUGUCGCCGAGAUGGGAUACAAACUAGUAGCGAGCCUCACGCAGUAUGGUACCGACUUCUCUGGCAAGGUUCGCAUUUCAGGCCUCGGGUCUUGUGAUCUAGCCAGUAUUUCGAAAAGGCUUGUGGAUCCUCACGCAAGUUCAACUCGUGCUGUUCAACAUUCUUCCGCCUCGGCAAAGGGUGUUUCGAUCCUUUCUCUAUCGUGGAACGCAAAGUUUAGAUUUCCAGACUUCUCGGACCUUCCGCAAACGCCUCCGCACAAGUAUGACAAAGUCUUCGAGACUGUCAUUGCUUCCCCGCCAAGAAGGCCUGUCGUUUAUUACGUUGGGUCCCCUCUUGCACCCGAUUUCGAUACCCUGCUCAGCCCUGGAAAACUUCUUGAACUUGGCAACAUUCCUAGCAUCACUACGCCUUAUUGGCACGCUGGCGAGAAGAAUUCAGGGACAGCUUUUCACUACGAGGACGGAGCUCCCGCAGCUAGAGCCUUCAAGGACACUGCUGCCACAGCAAGCCAACAAACAGAUAAGCAAGACAAAGCUGACAUGUUCAAAGAAAAGGCAGCCAACAGCUGCCCAGCUUCUCCAAGCUCGCCACAGCUGGAUUUGAUGGAGAUCUCCGAUGAAGGCGAGAGUGAGAUUGAUGAAGAUACCAUCAAGACUAGUUCACAAGAGGGGGCUGAUCAGGACGAGGCUCAAGCUGCUGAUUCUGCUGCCGAAACUUCCGUCGCUUCGUCUCACGGCAUCUCCACCGGUGAAUCCUCGGACACUCGCCGUUCGUCGACUGAAGGGCCUUCUGCAAAUACGCGGCCGGCUUCACUUCCUACUCCAGUUACCCCAUCUCCGACUAUAUUCUCCGGCCAAUAUUCUGCACAUUUCACAACCUCUUUCCUUGCCGGCCAUCAGUCUCUGAAACGAGUGUUGACACACCCAGAUGUCUCCAAGCGGCCGAGACUGGACUUAGCAUCCGCUGAGGAGCUUUUGCGCGCAGAUCAGCAAUGCAAUAUCCCCAGCUUUAACAAGAUGGCGCCACCUCAUGCACACCUUCUAAAGCUCGCAACGGCAGUCCGAAGUCGGUAUGCAGUGAAGCAAUUCUGCGAUCUGGUCAGCGCAAAAAGAAAUCUGCAGCUCCAAAACAUCUUGUUUCCAAGAUCUCAUGGAGCUAACGCAGAACAGCGCCUAAGGAUCUUGGAUGAGCUUCGCAAUAACAAAGUUAUCACACAUCUCAAUCAGUAUCUCUUCGCUGCUGAAAUCGAGAAGUCAAGAGAUGGAUCAUACAGAGUGAGGUCUAACGUCAAAGAGAAGGUCAUCCAAAACUCAGGACUUACCGUCAGCCAAUACGACUAUCAUCUCCGGCUAGGCAAAAUAUGGCGAGGAAUAUGCCGAGGCUUUGAAGGCAUGCUAUGCUUUAUCCUCUCAGAUAAACAUAACCCUUUCCAAGUCUCACCUGCAAUGUACCGCAACAUGGACAGUCAGGAGCUUCGACUGUUCCAUAGCCUGCUUGACGAUGAUUAUACCCGUGCAAUCUGCAUAGCAGGAAAAGCUUUCCAGCAGUCUUUCGUCACUCAUGAUGCUUACUUCGCAUGGGAAACCAAAGAGUUGAGCAAACCUCUUUACGAGCUGCCAGAAGACGAUAUGUUGUCGUUGAUCCAGCCAGUCCCAUCGCUAAUGAAGGACUACUAUUGUGCAAUGGAGUUUUCAGAUUGGCCAGAUCCAACUUUGUUGGCGCCUACAGAGAAGCAAUGCGACUACUGCACAUCUUCCUCUUGCAACUGCUACUCGUCUGUGCCCGAUGCAAAACCCCGGAUCAUGGUGUAUCCAGGGAAGAGGCUUGGCUUACAAGCUAUUUCAGCAGAGCCUAGAGCGACUAUCUACCGGAGGCAUGAUCUUAUCGGUUUCAUUACAAGCAAGCUGGUUCCUCCUAACAGCUUGAACAAUAAUCGUGUAGUUGAUUUCUACAAGUGCCAGAUUGACUGUCGCAAUGAGGGCAAUGUUUUCCGUCUUCUGAACCAUACUUGCGCAAAACAUGCUGUUGCAUGUUUAACAGCGAAAAGACUAUCCAGCCGGUACAGGCUAGCUGUUAUUGCUUACAAAAACAUAAAUAAUAGCGCAGAAAUUACGAUUUCAUAUCAACCGGAAAGACCUAUAUACACAUAUGAAAUAUGCGAAAGCGCAUAG